UCGUCAUCAUCGUACUAUUACAGGAAUUGCAGCCGCGGCUUACUUGUACCUGUGGCUGUGUGUCCUGCAAUCCUUAUAAAGUGGACGAGCACACCUUGCCAUCCAGUCUGAGCGCGCCGUGAAGCCUGUCGGCCAUGAGGAUCUAUUACCUUCUCCUCCUGUUGCCGUUGCUGUUCUUGAUGCCUGUUCCAGGAAACGGAGGGAUUAUAAACACCCUGCAGAGGUAUUACUGCCAAAUAAGGGGUGGCCGGUGCGCCCUGGUCAGCUGCCUGCCGCGGGAGGAGCAGAUAGGCCGCUGCUCUUCCGGGGGCCGCAAGUGCUGCCGAAGAAAGAAAUAAAAAAAGCCCAGAAGUCUGAUGGGAACGGUGUAAAGUGUGAAAAUCCCUCCUGGAAGUUUAUAGAAGAAAAAUCAAAUUAAAUAUUUUUUUUUCAAAAGAA